GUCUCUCUUGCAGCUUUCCUGGCUCCUCUUUCAACGGGGCACAUCAAGAGCUGCUUCCCGACGGUGCAGUGCAGCGCUGCAGCAGCAGCAGCGCACAGCCCCUCUGUCACAGGUCCCCUCCCUUGGGGCUGAUCAUUAACUCAAAAGCAUUAUAAGGAGUGAGUGGCCCCAGUGAGCCGGUGAGCCAGAGGGAUUCGUCGCCACCGCCAUGGACAGUAGCACCUUGAGCCCCGCGGUCACGGCCACAGAUUCACCCAUCCCGUCUUAUGAACGCAUUCGCAAUGCUGCUGACAUCUCAGUCAUUGUCAUCUACUUCGUGGUGGUGAUGGCUGUCGGGCUGUGGGCGAUGUUUUCCACUAAUCGUGGGACUGUUGGAGGCUUCUUCCUCGCAGGCCGAAGUAUGGUGUGGUGGCCAAUUGGAGCCUCUCUCUUUGCCAGUAACAUUGGAAGCGGUCACUUUGUGGGACUGGCAGGGACGGGAGCAGCCUCAGGCAUUGCCAUGGGUGGCUUUGAAUGGAAUGCCUUGAUUUUCGUGGUGGUGCUGGGCUGGAUAUUCGUCCCUAUUUACAUCAGGGCUGGGGUGGUGACGAUGCCGGAGUAUCUACGGAAGCGGUUUGGAGGCAAGCGAAUCCAGAUCUACCUUUCCAUUCUGUCCUUGUUGCUUUACAUUUUUACCAAGAUCUCAGCAGACAUCUUCUCUGGAGCUAUAUUUAUCAAUCUAGCCUUGGGUCUGGAUAUAUACUUGGCCAUCUUUAUCCUACUAGCAAUCACUGCCCUUUAUACAAUCACAGGGGGCCUGGCAGCGGUGAUCUACACAGAUGCCUUGCAGACCGCAAUCAUGCUGGUGGGGUCUAUUAUCCUGACCGCAUUUGCUUUCAAUGAAGUAGGAGGGUAUGAGGCAUUUGUUGAGAAGUACAUGAAAGCCAUUCCAAGUAUGAUUUCUGAUGGAAAUCUGACCAUCAAGGAAGAAUGUUACACUCCCAAGGAGGACUCGUUCCAUAUAUUCCGAGAUCCUAUUAAGGGAGACAUUCCAUGGCCUGGGCUCAUCUUUGGCCUGUCCAUCCUCGCCCUGUGGUACUGGUGCACAGACCAGGUCAUCGUGCAGCGCUGCCUCUCAGCUAAGAACAUGUCUCACGUGAAGGCCGGCUGUACCCUGUGCGGCUAUCUGAAGCUGCUGCCCAUGUUCCUCAUGGUGAUGACGGGAAUGGUCAGCCGGAUUCUGUACACAGACAAAAUCGCCUGUGUCGUCCCCUCGGAAUGUAAGAAAUACUGUGGUACCUCAGUUGGCUGCACCAACAUUGCCUAUCCAACCUUGGUGGUGGAGCUCAUGCCUGAUGGACUUCGAGGCCUGAUGUUGUCAGUCAUGAUGGCCUCACUCAUGAGCUCUUUGACCUCCAUCUUCAACAGCGCCAGCACCCUCUUUACCAUGGACAUCUACACCAAGAUCCGGAAGAGAGCAUCUGAGAGGGAGCUCAUGAUUGCAGGAAGGUUGUUCAUGCUCCUGCUGAUUGCCAUCAGCAUCGCCUGGGUGCCCAUCGUGCAGUCGGCUCAAAGUGGACAGCUCUUUGAUUACAUCCAGUCUAUCACCAGCUACUUGGGGCCACCCAUUGGGGCUGUCUUCCUGCUGGCUAUUUUCUGCAAGAGAGUCAAUGAACAAGGAGCCUUCUGGGGACUGAUCCUAGGCUUCUUUAUUGGGGUCGCCCGUAUGAUCACCGAGUUUGCCUAUGGAACUGGGAGCUGCAUGGAGCCCAGCAACUGCCCCACGAUCAUCUGUGGGGUCCACUAUUUGUACUUUGCCAUCAUCCUCUUUGUUAUCUGUGUAAUCACCAUCUUGACCGUCUCCUUCCUCACCAAGCCCAUUCCAGAUGUGCACCUGUACCGUCUGUGUUGGAGUCUACGCAACAGCAAAGAAGAACGGAUCGACCUGGAUGCCGGAGAUGAGGAAACCUGGGAAGACUCUAAGGACACAAUUGAGAUAGACACAGAGGCUCCCCAAAAGGAGAAAGGAUGUUUCAGGAGGGCAUAUGACAUGUUCUGUGGCCUCGACCAGGACAAAGGACCAAAGAUGACUAAGGAAGAGGAGGAAGCCAUGAAGCUGAAGAUGACAGACACAUCUGAGCAGCCUUUGUGGAGGACGGUGGUAAACAUCAAUGGCAUCAUCCUGUUGGCUGUGGCUGUCUUUUGCCACGCCUAUUUUGCUUGAAUCCUGCCUUCUGUUGUAGACUUGGCAGGUCUGGAUUUGUUAUUUCCCUCUAGACCCAUUCUGUGGUAUAAGGGGGAAAUUGGCCAGUUGUAAAUUUUACCCAUUCAGAUAAAAUACGUAUACAUGUGAUUGUAGGUUUGCUGGAGGAAAAUAAUUUCGUUGCUGUGAAAUUUUGCAUCUGACGCCAGUGUGGCACACUUACCAGUCUCUACUAGAGCGUUAGAAGAGAAAUUGACUCAGAUCCAGGAAAGUCCGACAGACACAGAAGCCUGUGUGGGCUGAUGUACUCUGUCUCAGUUCAUCUAGCUUGUGAUUGUUGUUUAUAACCCUUCAUUACUAUUUUUUUUAAUUGCAGUCUGGUUCCUGUCAUUUUCCUACCUGACCCUCUCUCAUCUUCCACCUUCCCCCCCUUUUUUUUUAAAAAAAGAAAUCUCUUAACCCUGUCAACACAUACCUCUAGAUUUUUUCAAUAAAAAGAAAAUCAGUUUUACAAGUGGAUAAAUGCCCAGAAGCUGAGAACAGGGACCUGGUCCUAGGAAUUUAUUCCUGAAAGUGGUCGUAUCAAGGGAACCGUAUUUAUCUGAAGUGGGGAGGCUCACACCGGUUGGGGGUACAGACAACCUUGAGCACUGGGAAUCUUCUGGGCUUUCAAGAGAUGGAAUCAUUGAAAUAAUUAGUCCGAUGUCCUCUUUCCCAUGUGUUCACGUGGCCACAAUGGUUGCCUUUUGAGGCAUCCUGAUUGGUGAUCAUUCACUGACAAGGCUAAGGCAGAAGGCCUUGGUUCAAGAUAAGAGUGCUUGGACGUUUUAGUUGGAAGAAGAAAGUUUAUCUUGAGCUAGUUUUCCAUGAGAAAAUAAUUUUUAUUUAACUAAAAAUUGAUGAAUUAAUUAAAGGUAACUUGCAAAAUCUCAGCUAUAUUGUAAUAUUAUCCUAUUGAAGCUAGGAAAUCAGCAUGUUAUUGUUGAAUGAUUUUAGGCUACCUUACAAAAGAGCUGAAUAAAGCCUUGGGCACAGAGGUGGCUCCAAUUGUAAAUGGAUGGCUUGUUGUUAUAGAAGCAAGAAAACCUGGAGAGAGUUGUUGAGGUGUUGUCACAUUCUCUGUCAGCUAGGCUGAGAAGAUGGAAAGUGGGGAAUUGCUCAUGGCCAGCUCAGCGCAGUGUGCUGUCUCGGAGGGCUUUGCAGUAGGUUGUGAGUGUUGAGAGGAGAAAGGGAAGGGAUUGAAGCUUGUGGGCAGAAAGGGCAGUGUAAACGAUCUAGAUUGUUUUAGUUUCGGUUCUUGGCAUUGUCAGUGAUUUACUGUAUAUAUUGUAAUAAAUUAUUUUGUCUGAA